UUCUCAGUUAUCAGUCAAGACAGAAACCUCAAGAUGACAGACAACAUUUCAUACAAAGGAUAUUUGAGGUUUGAGAAGAACGGGGAGGAUGAGGUGAGAAGGUUCAUGAUCUCCAAGGACAUGAGCAACAACUUCAACAACUUGAAGGAGAAGCUAGUUGUUGUAUUCCCUCAACUCAGUGGCAAGGAUAUCAGCAUCACCUGGACUGAUGCUGAUGGAGAUAAUGUUACUAUUGCUAGUGACGAGGAGCUGAAGAUUGCUUUGUCUGAGAUGACUGGAACCGUUAACAAGAUCAAUAUUCUAGUACAAGGUGAGAAGAAGAAUAAUGGUUCUACUAGAGAAAUCCAUCCCGGAGUGACCUGCGAUGGUUGCGAAGGGCCUGUAGUCGGAUGCAGGUACAAGUGCAUGGUGUGCCCUGAUUAUGAUCUUUGUGAAAGAUGUGAAGCCAAAGGUCUUCAUAAGGAUCAUAACAUGAUGCGUUUAUCUUCCUCUCAAGUACAAUGGCCUCGCCAUUUUUUCAAGCGUCUCCAUAAGAUUCAAGAGAGGAUGGACCUGAAAAUGAAGGAAAAGAAGGGAGAAGAAAAAGAGGAAGAUCAAAUUAAGUUUGCUGGACCAGGUGGAAGAGGAUGUAUGAGGGGUAGAGGAGGUAUGGGGGGAAGGGGAGGAAUGAGAGGAAGAGGUGGUAUGAGGGGCAUACACAAUGGCAUGUUUAUGGGUCCAAACCCAUUUGGAGCCAUGAUGCACGGUUGGAUGGGACCAGAGAUUGAUGAAGCUGCUUAUGCUCAAGUUAAUUCUGCACAUGAAGCUGCUCACAAAGCAGCUACUGAUGCUGCUAGUUCUGGCACUUCUGAUCCUAGCACUGCUAAUUUGAUGAACAUGGGAAAUCUUAUUGCUGCUGCUUUGGAUCCCUUUGAUAUUAAUGUUGAUGUUUCUGUGGAAACCCCAGAAGGUGUAUGUACUUCUACUUCUUUCUCUAGCACUGCUGCUUCUACUGCUGAGAAGGAAGAAGAAGCUAAAAAACCUACAUCUAAAGAUUCUACCCCUGAACAAGCCGUGGAUGAUGGUUGGGCAGUACCGGUUUGUACCCCGUUGGAAGAAUCUGCUUCUGCUAAAGCUGAUACUGCUACUGAAGCUGUCCACCAUCCAGAUCCUAAGAUCAAGGUGGCACUGGAGGCCAUGAUGAAUAUGGGAUUUAGCAAUGAUGGAGGUUGGCUGACUAAUCUUCUGGAGGCCAAGAAUGGAGAUAUUGGAAAGGUCCUGGAUAUGCUCCAACCUGUAAAGAAGGGGAAUUAAACAAGAGUUGAUAUUAGUAUGUGUGCAUAAACUGGAUCCAGAAAUUUAAUUCUUAUCUUAUCAUUAUAUAUAAAAAUUGUCAUAUUUAAUCUUAAACAAAUAAAAUAUAUGCUAGCAGAGUAAAA